AUGACGACCCCAGAACGACUCCAAACCCCUGUGAAUCAGACUCGUCUGAUUCAACAUUUCGAAAAAAGUUCGAUCGAAAAUCACAACGAUGCGUGGUCAAACCUGUGGGACACUGAUAACAGUGACAUGUGGGACAGGGGAAAACCCUCGCCUGCCUUAAUUGAUCUUCUAGAGCAAAGAGGGGAGAUCUUGAACCCAAUUGCAGCCGAUGGCCGUCGGAAGAAGGCCUUCGUACCAGGAUGUGGCAAGGGCUACGAUGUAGUCAUGCUUGCUCUUCAUGGGUUUGACGUCGUUGGUCUUGAAAUCUCGCAAAAAGGCGUUUCUAUUGCGGAGGGGUAUGCUUCCAGCGAACUCGACAAGCCACAAGCGUACAAUUUUGGGUCUGCUUGGGAAAACAAAUACGAAAGAGGUUCUGUAUCAUUUGUUAAUGGUGAUUUCUUCCAACCAGACGCUAUGAAGGGAGAGAAGUUCGAUGUGAUCUAUGACUACACAUUUUUGUGUGCUAUUCAUCCAACAAUGCGUGCUCAAUGGGCCUCGCGUAUGGCUGAAUUGUUGGUUCCAGGCGGCCUCUUGGUUUGUUUGGAAUUUCCUCUCUUCAAAGACCCUAGUCUUCUGGGUCCACCAUGGCCCCUGCAGGGAGUUCACUGGAACUUGUUGUCUGAGGGAGGUGAUGGAAUUUUGCACCCUUCAAAUCCGAAUCAACAAGCAGAAGGCGGGAAAUUCGAGAGAAAAUGCAUGGAAGGAUUCGGUACCCGUGCUAUUCGCUCCGGCCUGCCGCGUGAUGUUGGGACCGGUGCGCUAGUGGAACCUAUCGUCCUCGCCACGACCUUUGCUCAAGAUCAUGUCGGCUCUCCUGUGGGCUUUUAUGUUUACGGCCGCUCUUCAAACCCAAACCGCGAAAGCUUUGAGAUAUCUGUUGCUGAAAUGGAAUCCGCGAAGUAUGCCGUGGAAAGUUGA